AUCUCAGCGAGGGAAGGAAAGCUUUACUCAGGGGCUGCAGGCGGAGUGAGAAGAGCCGAGUCUUAUCUGGUCCGUCUGGAGAUCGGAGCUCUAAGCAGCAAACAUGCACUGGAAUUCCACUUGUCUCUAAAUCUCCAUGGCAACAGCACAGGCCUCUCAUGUGACCUGUGUCCCUAUCAGUUCUCUCUCUGAACCUUAUUCUCUGGACUCUGAGCCUGACAACGACUACAACAUGGGCAGUGUGGGCAGCCUAGUGGAGAAGCAAGACUUCUCACCAGCUACACUAGGAAGUCUGCGAGGGAUGCGCCAGCCAGAUGGAUUGCUCCGGAAAGGAAUGUCACAGCGUGAAGUCUUUGGCUACUUACAUGGAGGAAAGAGAGACACUCGGGCUGAGAAGAAGCACCAGUCAUCUGGUGGAGGCUUUAAACGGGAUUACGAGAGUGACCGGGAGAAUCAGUCUCCUGAACGGUAUUUCCGGGACAACCAGCGUGGGGCAGAUUUUUCCAAGAGCUCUCUGCCUGAACGUGGACGCUUUGAUAAGUGUCGGAUCAGGCCCUCAGCCUUCAAGGUCAUGUCUGGGAAGAACUUGUUGUCCAUGCAGGGACUGUCAUCGUCCAAAGGGCAGAAGCUGUCAAAGAGCAACGGGAGUCUGCAUACACUGUUGACACAGAGCAGCACUGGCAACUCCUCGCAACGUGGCCCGCUGCGCAGCCAUUUGCUGCACACCAUCAGCCUGGACGAGGGCACCAAUUCCAUCCAAAGCUUUCCUACAUACAACCCUCGCUUCAAACCAGCCCCAAACCAGUUUAGUGCUUCGGUAGGCCACAUCAAUCACAUUGGUGGUUCCUUAGACAGGGCGUCACGUGGGCCGCGGGAUCCUUUGGCUGUAGAGAAAGCACCAUUGUCCUGCAAGAGCUUGAGCCGGCUGCAGAGUUCUGGGGAACCACCUCCUCCUUAUGAGCCCACGUACUCUCUGGAAGAUGUGGUAAAGCAGCUUGAGGACCGGCUGAGUGAGAAGGGCAUGGAACUCCGCCAGCUUACGAGGAACUUACAUGUGAACAAUGACCCCUUUGCACAGAUGUUUGAAGACAAACAGCGAUUGUGGAUGGAGGAGCUGGAGGAACUGAAGCAGAUGUACGUGGCCAAGUUGCAGCAAGUAACACAACAGGCCCAGCGCAGCCAGCGAGCCCUUCAGCUGCAGCUCUAUAAGGUGCAGCAGGAGAAGAAGCGGCUGCAAGAAGAGCUGGAGCUCCAACAGAGUCAGUGUGAAGAACUGAGGCAACGGCAGCAGCAGGCAGAGCGUCUCAGUCCCAAGCUGGAGGAGACCAAGUGGGAGGUUUGUCAGAAGACUGCGGAGAUUUCAUUGCUCAAACAGCAAAUCCGAGAUACCCAGGAGGAGAUGACCCAAAAGCUAGGUGAGAUCUUCAGCUUGAAGUCCCAGCUGCGGGAGGCCCGGACAGAGUUGCAAGUCAAGGACUCACAACUGGUGCAUUUGGGGGACUCUUUCCAAGCCUUGUCAGAGCACGGUUCCCCCCUUCCUCCAAGGGACUCCUCAGUGCAAGCAUGCCAGGACUUUUUGGGGUGUGAAACGGAUGACUCCAAAUGCAGGGGAAUGCAGGGGGAGAGUGCAGAAGGCCCAGAGUGGCUAUGGGCAGAGCUGCUGCGGGAGAGGCACCAGGCUCAGCUGCAAGCUGCAAACUUUGAGCAGGAGCGAAAAACCUGGCAACAGGAGAAGGAGAAAGUUCUGCGCUAUCAGCGGGAGAUUCAGGCCAGCUACAUGGAGAUGUAUCACCGGAACCAGGCCCUGGAAAGGCAGCUCAGUGAAUUCCGGCAGCUCCAAGCUGAAUCCAGAGGUAUCAACUCGGAGUCACCUUGGAUUGAGAGAGUUGAGUCCUCAAAGAUCUGAACAGACUAUAUGGGAGAGGCCCUGUGCUGGGACUGCACAAGUUUGGAUAGGCCACACUGCAUUGUGUGCCCAAAGGAUCCGGUACAGGAAGUUGUUAAACCAAGGGGCUUAUCAGCCAGGCGAAGAAAUUUGCUCUUGUAACCUACGGGGUCGCCAUAAGUCAGCUGCAACUUGACAGCACUUUACACACACAAAACACACAUAGGCACUGUAACCCUUUCUGUAACCAUUAGGGUUUUGCAGACUGUUGCCAUGCAUGGCAUAAAGUUCCAGCAUCACAUCUGGCACUUUUAGCCCUUCCACAUAGGCUGUUGCCUUCUGUCUUGGAGGGCAGGAUGCUUUCCUGCUAUGUCCUCUCUCUCUCGUGCUCACAUUGGCACUACCUUUCAGGAUGGAAUAUUUGUUACUGUGGAAUGCGCAUAGACUCUGGCCACCGUUGAUAACACCUGCUGGGGAAAACCAAUGAGGAAUGUGUAUAUGGGGCUGUACCACCCUGUCCUUUCAUAGCUUGACAGUUGGCCUGUUGUACAAAGGAGGAGAAAUUGACAGCAAACCCACCUCGGCAUGAGUCCUGCCUGCCCUAAACAAUUUUGUUCUCUCUCCACCUGGCUUGUCUUCAUACUAUGCCUGAUUUUAAAGCUCCAAAUGUGACCUGAUUGUGUGUGCCUUGUAUUGGAAAUGACUUGUAUUGUAUGACACACAAACUCCACAAAGGCCAGACUCUUGGGCUCAGCCACCCCAAAGGCCAAUGCCAUGUCUGCUUGGUCUAGUGUUUCUCGAUUGGCAAUGAGUGAGUACAGGGGCUGUGGGCACCUUCUGUUUGGUUGCUGCUUGGUGCCCCAGUUCUAGAUUUGAAGGUCCUAGCCAGAGUUAUGAGCCAUAAAGUAGAAGCUCUUCCUGGCAACUCCUGGAAUAAAAUUAUG